UGAUUUCGAGCCUGCCUUUGCCCUCCUUCAUUGUUGUCUAUAAAAUACCUAGGACCUGCCUCGCUCUUUCCCUUCUUUGCUGCCCAAACCUCAACCAAGUCAAUCUCUGUCACCCAAAUCUCCAGCACCUCCGACCUUCUUCGACCAAUAAACCCAUCAAACAAACCCAUAGACCAAGUUGACAGACCUGAACCGCACCAUGCGCUCCCCCGUCCACCUCCUCCUCGGCAUCGUCUCUGCCCUCGCCCUCCUCGCCUCAGCCUCCCCCAUCAACACUUCACUCAACCCCAGCUCCCUCGCCCGUCGCGCCCUUGACUACCAGCAUCCGGUUUACACAGCCGGCGGCCGCUUCGAGUACUGCAGCGAGGUAGCCGUCACUCCAACCCCAGACACCUCGUCCGCCGCCCCCCUCGCCGCCGAUUGCAACCUCAUCGCCGACGACGUCGGUGCGCGCCAAGGAGCCUACACGUUUGCGGCCGCCGACUUCAAGCACGACGGCUGGGCCUGGGUCGCCGUCAAGGGUACCUGCACGUUUGCCGUCCGCUUCGACACGGCGGCGGCGCGGACAAAGCUGCUCGUCGGCACCAAUGACGUGAGGUUCUACAUCAGUUCGUCGUCGCGGCUGGCGAAGAACAGCAGGCUUGGUGUCAGGGCGGGUGUUACCUGCUUCAACGGCGACGGACAGAAGGGUAUCACCUGGGGCUUGAUCAGGACGCCUAAAACCGUUUAGGGGUUGUGUGCGAGGGGACUGACC